AUGGUGCAAGUCGCGUUGCUUUGUGCGAUCGUUGGAUUACCUCGAAGUACUUUCGUCGUGGAUAUCGACACAGAUAGAUCAGUGGCUCACUUGAAGAAAGACAUAAAGGAUGAGAACACAGUGGAUGUCCUGUGUGAUGCUAGAGAGCUGCGGCUCUUCCUGGCGAAAAAAGAUGGGGCGUGGCUGCGAGACGACGGUGAUUUGGACAGACUGAUUCAGACACAAGGAAUUCUCGAUGGGAUGGAAGAGAUGCGCGCGUCUUGGCGAUUAAGAAAGCCCAGUCUGUUUGGUACUGGCGUAUUGCUAGGAAAGAAGGUGGUCCACGUGCUGGUGAUGCUUCCGCCGACUAUGCCUGGUCCGCGAAGUGAGCCAACUACGGUGGGUAAUGCUCACAGUGCGAGUCAAUUGGUGCUUUCCAUGUUCGACAAGUUGAGCCGAUUGCUUUGGGAGAUAUUCAGCCGACUACCUAUUCUGCAACGCGAUACAAUUACUGUGGGUGGUCUCACAAUCCCCUUUGCGCCAACAAUGUGGAAGGAUUCUUCACUGGACAAAUUUUGGAAAGUUUUCCGAGAGUGUUAUUCUGAUGCCGACCUCGCAGCUGGUGCUGUGAUCGCGUUGCCGGAAGAAACAUUUAUUCUUGGUAACGAUUUGCUUGGCUCUCAUAUAUACAUUCGUCAUUGCUAUCCACAGUUGUGGAAUACUUGCUUGGAUACCUUUGAGUGCACACGUCAUCUUGUAAUUCUUGGCAGCCCGGGAAUAGGCGAAACGUAUUUCUGCUAUCUGAUCUUGCUGUAUCUUGCACGUGAUGGAAAAACAGUGGUUUACGAGACUGGUCGAAGGAAGAUGCGUAUCUUGUUCAGUGGUGAACUGGUGAUUCAAGGAUCGCGGUCGGAUUUUGAUAAAAUUCUUGACCUGUGUGAAACAUUUUACAUUGUGGAUGGCAUGAAACCACAAGAUUACAAGGCGAAGACGAUUCUUGUCACGUCGCCACGUCAUGAAAUCCGGUUCGAGUUUCAUAAGUUUGAUUGUGGGAGUUUUUACAUGCCUGUCUGGACAGAGGAAGAGAUUUUUCAAUGUCGUGAGCUCAUGUAUUCGGACAGACCUGUAAACGACGUGAAGGAAUGCUUUCGUAAAUGGGGUGGCAUUGCACGCUACGUCUUGCGCUAUGCUACAGACCAGGAUCAACAGAAAUCGCUCGACGAGGCGAUUGGUAAGGUUGAUUUGAAGGCGCUGAUCAAGUCGCAUGGAAAAUUAAGCGGGGACGAUAAGUUGAUAUCACACCGGAUACUUCACUAUCGUGUCAACGACGAUUUUACCGAACAGGGAUAUACAUUUGCGUCGGAUUACGUGCUUGACAUAAUUUAUCAGCAGUUGUAUGAGCACAACAGGGCCAAAUUAGUGGCAUUCCUUGAUGCUUCUCGUGGCUUUGACUUAUACGCAGUGAUACGUGGACGUGUUUUCGAGCGAUACGUGCAUUCAGUGCUGCCACAAGGUGGAAACUUUCGAGUCCGGCGUCUGACUGUGGGUCCGAAACAUAUUACUGCAGGUGUGAACGAGGGUGAGAGGAAGGUUAAACGCGCCGUUGUUGAUGAAGAUACCAAAACGGUACACUUGCCAAAACUGAAAAAUGUUGUUUUCGAGCGAGACGAACAAGUGACCAGUGCAGACUUGGCGACAUACCUGCGGCCAAAGGCAAGCAAUUUCGAAUCCGUGGAUGCUAUGGCCACGCCCAAUAUACUCUUCCAAGUGACUUGUGCGCGAGUGCACCCUUGCAAACGUAAAGGGCUCUGCAGGGUUCUGGAUUUGCUUGGAAAACCAGCUGAACCACGGUUGUACUUCGUUGUACCGCCCGAUAUAUUCGAUGAUUUCAGAUAUCAGGCCUACCAGCAUAACGAGAGGAAGAAACAGAAGGAUGAGGACAACAUUGUGGAGAAGCUGGAGCAAUUUGUAAUGGAAGUCAGCUACGCCCACGAGAUUCCUCGCAUAAAGGAAGCGGAAGGCGAAGACCCCAUGAAGAAGAAGGUGAAGAAAGUUCAGGACAACGUCACACGUGAAAAGUGCGGACUUGUCAGUGAAUGA